AUGAUUACUACUGUACUUGUCAGCGCGCAUAAUUAUCUCCCAUAAGAACAUUAGCUAUUCGCAUAGUUUCUUCUUAUUUUUUUACUGUUUUGGUUGUAUUCGUACUCAACUUGAAAUGAAUAAUCGAUAUCGAAAUGCUCCCGGCCUUAGAGGCCCUACAAAGGCAUCAGCGAGCACUCUGUGCCAGAAAUGCUUGAAACGAGGGCACUACAGCUACGAAUGUACAGCGUCAGCCCAAGAACGGCCAUAUUUGGCUCGACCAUCGCGCACGCAGCAGUUGCAAAAUCCGAAGCUAAGGCCGAAACUCUCCUCAGAUACUCCCAAUGACCUCUUACGGACAGAAGAUCUAGCGGACAAGCUGUUAACGAAACGAGAAGAGGAGCGCGGCCGAAAACGCGACAAUGAUGUGCUCGACCGGGUUGAGAGUCGGGUUCAGUCACCGAGGCGAUCACGGACGGAAUCAGCGCAUUCUAUGAGUUCUAUCUCAACGAUAUCUACCAGUCGAUCACAAUCACGUUCGCCUCCUCGACAUGGCGAUGAUGACCGAACAGGAUCACGCCAUUCAAGGACAAGGAAAAGACAUUAUAGCGAUUCUUCAUCUGGGCGUUCUGUUUCGCCUUAUUCGUCUGGUGAGAAAGCUCGUUCGCGAUCCCGCGAGUGGGCACGCGACCGAAACACGCGGCGGAGACGACGGGAAUCCAGCCCGGCUGAGCGUGGACGGUCUGCAAAUUUGUCCCGAGAUAGUCGCCAGAAAUACAGAUCUCGAAGUAGAGAUCGUGAUCAGAUCGCAAGGGGGCGGCGUUCUUUGACUCCACAUCACAGAAGACGUUCCAGGGACGCAGCUCCGCCUGAGCCCUCACAAAACCGUGCUUCUGGCAGACGAUCUGGGUACGAGCCUGAUUAUUCUGCCGCACAGCCUCCAAGAAACCGCAGUCUUAGUCCCUUCAGCAAGCGUCUCGCAUUGACGCAAGCUAUGAACAUGGGUAGGUAGGCUACUAUUGAAAGUUCGUGUUGAGACGUCAGUAAUCAAUAUGUUAAAACCGCUGUACAAUAAGCCCAUUGGAAUUAUUAUCCUAUUUAAUGAUGUAAUUGAUACAGAACGCCUUCCGACACCUCUUUUUAUGCUGUAAACCCUAGUC